AUUCCCUGAUUGUCGCAUUGCUUGGCUUUUCUGCUUGUAAAACUUUGACGGCGUUUGACGCCUAGCUGGAAUGCUAGUCGACGCUCUUCAUUGGGAGAGAACUCUGCAACACAAGGGUAUAGCUGGCAGAAUAGGAACUCCUCGAAACUCAACGAGACGUGUAUCUAAGCCACAAUACUGGAGAAGGGACGUUGAUAUGAAUAGUACGUUGAACUUUACAUCGAGGAGAGCUCGUGUAAGGGCAGUCAAUGACUUUUUUCAUAAGAGUAACAUUCUAACCUCUCUUGUUCGUAAAGGAACAGAGAGUCAUAGUCUAACAAUGGUUAUAGUUGUUGCAUCCGUUUUAUUAUUCGUUACAAUUAGCAUUACGGCCGCUGUUAUUGUGUUCUGCAAGAAACGUAAUGCAGUUUUCGCUCUCCAAAAAGCUGAACAGGAAGAUGAAGCUGAAUAUGAGUUAGACGAUAUUAACACAGAUUCUGAUACAGAUGGAACAGUUUCAUGUGAAAAUCAAAUAACUCAGGUUCCUGGUUCACCAAUGGUGGAGAUCAAUCCAUUGCAGAACAUCACUUCAUCAGCUCUUAGCUUUCCUGAUGUUACUGAAUCACCUUCCAGAAAAUGCUUACUCUCUAGACGCUCUCUUUCCCAAAAUCCAAGUAUUCUAGAAAAGUACUCAGCAAUAAUCCACGAAACCUCAGAUGAUAGUGCUACGGAUACAGCAUCCGAAUUCCGACAAGAAGACAAACGCCUUCGACUACUUCGAUUGUUAAACAAACAUUAUUAUGCUUUUUCUACAUUACUUUCUGGAAGUUCUGAUAUAGAUUCUGAUAAUGAAUGUAGACCUAAUGAAGAUCCACCUAGUUAUGACAGUUUACAGACUUCAAAAUGUAAAUCAUGUGGACAUUGUAGUUCAUCAACAGAUCCAAAAUCUUUGCGUAUUAAUCUGGAGCCUCUUCCAUUAAAGGCAUUUAGCAAUACACGGGAUGAAAAAGGUUCUCCCAUAUUGUCGAUGCUGUCUCCCAUAACACCAUCGGUUAUUUCUCCAACAAUCUCGUUACCUAACGCUGCCGUUACUCCUUCUGCAAUUGAUGAAAGCAUACACUUGUAAUAAAAUAAUUAAACAUGCAAUUAUUUUUAGUUAUAUGGACAGAUUGAGACUUUUGUAUUGGAAAAUUAAUGACAUUGUUCUGUCUAUUUCGAAACUUUGCUCUAAAACGUUAUUUUUAUUAAAAGAUGCCAGUAGAUGGCGCAGUGAAAGUACAGUAUGUAU